ACGGUUUUCGCUGGCGGUUCUCCGCCGUAAAAUCAACGGAAAUUGAUUGAUAGUUACAAAAUACUACAAUAGUGCUAAGUUCAAUAGCUUAAUGUGAUACUAGAUAGUAGCUUACGAUGGAAAUGAAAGUUAAUGAUUGACCUCGUAACUGAAUUUUGGCAACUAACGCACACAGACGCAGAUGCCUCGAGAAAGCACCGAAACGAAGAAGAAGAGAGGAGAACGAGUAGCAUUUUGGCUAAUUUUAAAAGUGGUUCGCUAGCAAGAUGCUAAAUUUAGGCAAUGCCAAAGUGGCUGCUCUGGAGGAAUCCUCUUCUCCACCCCCCUUUUCCAAGGACGAGAGCUUCCAGCUGUUGGAGAGAAGUACCAGUUUACCACCUGCCCCCCUGGAACCACCCUUCACCACCCCCCUCGCACCUUUCGACUUGGAACUGAUGAAACGUCAUAAGUUGCAUGAGCGACUAACGGGAAAAGAGAGUUUUUGGGGAGGAAGGGGAUCCCAGAGAUUCGUUGAUCAGGAGAAGUUGACAGCAUCGCGUGAAUCACUCAGCAUCGCCGAAAAGAGAGGCAGAUUAACAGAAAGUGACGGCCAAACGCUCCAACUGCCAGACGCUGCCGAGCCAAGGGCCAAUGGCAAAAAGCCCUCUGGGGACAGGACCAACCCAACGAAUCCAGCCACGCCCCUUCUGCCAAUGACUGAUCCGGAUUUAGUGAAGGGCAACGGAGGCGGCGUCUACGAUGAUCGCGAGUGCAGUUGUCCAAGGGAGUUCUACCAGCGGGGCGAGGUCAACAGCUCGCUGUUCUUCGAAGACUGCAUCCGGUCCAUUGACUUCGUCCUCGCCUACAGGAUCAAUGCCCACGAGCCCACGGAGUUGGAGAAUACGGAGAAGAGGCGGGUUUUCGAGGCCAAUCUUGUAAGUCAGGGACUGGAGGUUGAGGCCAGUCAGAAGGACCAAAUAUGGUUCGUUAAGAUCCAUGCUCCUUUGGAAGUCCUGCGGCGGUAUGCGGAGAUCCUAAAGCUGCGCAUGCCAAUGAAGGAGUCGUUAUGCAAUUUGCGCAUAUCUGAAAGAUCGAACCGACUUCGAAAUGCGGCCCAAUACCUGUCCGAUAAGAUUCCUGGCAUGUCCGUGGUUAAUCGCUCAACAAAAAGCGUGUUUUCUAGUCUCAAAACCGUUUUCCAAUUCUUCCUGCGCAAUAUCUACGUUGACGAAAACGUUUUUCCCAAAAGGGCGCAUCGAUUUACAGCCAUUUACAGUCGAGAUAAGGAAUAUCUCUUUGAUAUCCGACAGGAUUGUUUCUUCACCACCGCCGUCCGUUCCCGCAUCGUAGAGUUUAUCCUGGAUCGUCAGAGAUUUCCUGCCAAAAAUCAACAUGACAUGGCCUUUGGCAUCGAGCGACUGAUUGCCGAAGGAGUCUACUCAGCUGCCUACCCAUUACAUGAUGGUGAAAUAACAGAGACGGGCACUAUGAGAGCCCUGCUUUACAAGCAUUGGGCAUCGGUCCCGAAAUGGUAUCGAUAUCAGCCCUUGGACGACAUCAAGGAAUAUUUUGGUGUUAAAAUUGGUUUGUACUUUGCCUGGCUGGGCUACUAUACCUACAUGCUGCUGCUAGCCUCAAUAGUCGGUGUUAUAUGUUUCCUAUACUCAUGGUUCUCCCUUAAGAACUACGUGCCUGUUAAAGAUAUUUGUGAGGGUGCUAAAUCGAAUAUAACGAUGUGUCCACUUUGUGAUUGGUGCAACUUUUGGGACCUGAAAGAGACCUGCAACUACGCCAAAGUCACUUACCUCAUUGACAAUCCCAGCACUGUGUUCUUUGCCGUUUUUAUGUCCUUUUGGGCCACCCUUUUCCUGGAGCUGUGGAAGCGCUACUCCGCUGAGAUUACUCACCGCUGGGAUCUGACGGGAUUCGAUGUGCACGAGGAGCAUCCGAGACCACAAUACUUGGCCCGUUUGGAGCACAUACCGCCAACGAGAGUCGAUUAUGUGACCAACAUAAAAGAGCCAACGGUUCCCUUUUGGCGAAUGAAGUUGCCGGCAACUGUUUUCAGUUUCUCAGUGGUGCUACUGCUAAUUGCCUUGGCAUUUGUGGCUCUACUGGCAGUCGUGGUAUACCGAAUGUCUAUGCUGGGUGCUCUUAAAUUGGGUGCCAAUCCCAUGACUACUUCAAGUGCCAUUGUCCUGGCCACUGCAUCGGCAGCCUUUGUGAACUUGUGCCUGCUCUAUAUACUUAAUUAUAUGUACAAUCAUUUGGCAGAGUACCUUACUGAAUUAGAGAUGUGGCGCACUCAAACACAAUUUGACGACUCUCUGACCCUCAAAAUUUACCUACUCCAGUUUGUUAACUACUAUGCCUCCAUUUUCUACAUAGCGUUCUUUAAGGGAAAAUUUGUGGGUCAUCCAGGGGAGUAUAACAAACUAUUUGACUAUCGCCAAGAAGAGUGCUCUUCAGGGGGAUGUUUAACAGAGCUGUGCAUCCAGUUGGCCAUUAUAAUGGUGGGCAAGCAGGCUUUCAACACCAUUCUCGAGGUGUAUCUACCCAUGUUUUGGCGCAAGGUGUUGGCCAUUCAGGUUGGCCUAUCGCGUCUGUUUAACAACACGCCAAAUCCAGACAAGACGAAAGACGAACGCUGGAUGCGGGAUUUCAAACUACUGGAUUGGGGUGCUCGAGGCUUGUUUCCCGAGUACUUGGAAAUGGUUUUGCAGUACGGUUUUGUUACCAUCUUCGUGGCCGCUUUUCCACUGGCCCCGUUCUUUGCCCUCCUCAAUAAUAUCCUGGAAAUGCGUCUUGACGCCAAGAAACUUUUGACCCACCAUAAGCGACCUGUGUCGCAACGAGUUCGAGAUAUAGGCGUUUGGUACAGAAUUCUGGACUGCAUUGGCAAGCUCAGUGUUAUCACAAAUGGCUUCAUCAUUGCGUUUACAUCAGAUAUGAUUCCGCGCUUGGUCUAUCGCUAUCAUGUAAACAAGAAGAAUGGUACUCUAGAUGGCUAUCUCGAUUUUACUUUAUCAGAGUUUAGAGUCUCCGAUUCGCGCACUUUGAACAGUUUAGCUGGAGAUCUCUCAAAUAUAACCACUUGCAAAUAUACAGACUUCCGAUUACCACCUUCAUCACCGGAUAAGUACACUUUGAGCAACAUGUUUUACAUAAUUUUGGCCUGCCGAUUGGGUUUCGUUGUUAUUUUUGAAAACUUUGUGGCACUGGUGAUGAUUCUUGUGCGUUGGUGCAUUCCUGACAUGAGCGUGGAGCUGCGGGACCAAAUCCGACGCGAAAUCUAUGUGACUAACGAAAUCAUCAUUGAUCAGGAGGCCCACCGGGCUCGCUUCGAGCGAGCCAAGCGAUGCAGUUCAGUUCUUCAGACGCCAGUUGACCAAGACAUGGAUGCUGCCUCCAUUCAAGAACCAAAUGCCAAGUUUAUCAACAUUGAAAAGCUGUUAACUGAAAACCUUACCCAGAUAGAAAUGGAUGCUAUUAUACAUGGCGAAAACCAGACCACUGGAAUCUCUGGUGCAGAUUGUUUAGACGAAGUGCACAAAAAUCUCAGUGUUUAAGUUAAAAGUUCGUUAAAGUGAUUCAUUGUUUUACACAUGUUCCUUUCAGACACUUAAUUAGGGGUUAGUUAUGCGUUUUUAAAUUUAAUUAUUUUUGCAAUUGGUUUGCAAUUUGGUUACAAGCUUUACUCAUGCUUCGUUUGUUUUAUUAAAACAACAUAAUUGUUAUCUAGUUUACGAUUUUCUAUAACACAUAAAUAAUGAAAAUGAAUAUGUGUAUUAUCGAACCAAGUGAGUGCCAAUAUAGAAAUGAGCACAACUAGCAUAUUGUGAAGAACUCUUUAAUAUCUUAAGCUGUAAAAAGUAAUCUCCAUACAGACAACUCUCACUCAUUUAAAAAAACUCACUCAUUUAAAAAAAACUCAGGCUCUCACAUGACUCAAAUCAAUAUAUUUAUUUAAGAUAGAAUAACAUGUAUAAAUGUAUUUAUUGAAUUUUGUAUUCAUGUUGAUAUACUGAAAUCUCUAUUUAAUGUUGACUUUAAAUAAUAAAUAAAUAGUUCAAUAUUGGUGUACAAGAAAUAUAUUCAAAAUAUAUAAUUUAUGAUGUUUAGUGUAGUCGUAA